AUGAACUUUGAGAAUUUAGCCCCUCUUGAAAAUAUCACUCCUACUAAUAACCAAGACCAAAUGACAGAUCAUAUUAAUCAGAGCCAGAUGCAAGAAAUAGAACAGAAGGAGAAGGAGCUGCCACAAUUGCUCGAGACUGAACUCAAAACCGAGCUUGACACCAUUUUGAGACAAGAAGAACUGCUUUGGGCUCAAAGGGCUAGAUACAAGUGGAUUAACCACGGUGACAAAAAUACCAAACACUUCCAUUCCUAUACGAUCACUAAAAGUAAAAGAAAGCUUAUAACAACCCUUAAAAUAUACUCUGAUACAUGGUGUGAGGAUCAGGAUAUGCUUAAAAACCAUGUCAAGGACUUCUGUGAAAAACUAUUCACUAGUGACCCUUUGAUCAAACUAUCUCUUGAUAAUAGCAUGCUUUAUCCUACUUUGAAUUGGGAUCAAUGGAAUUGGCUAGAUAAACCUUUUGAGAAUAACGAAAUCAAAGAAGCCCUAUUCAGUAUGGGUACUCUCAAAGCGCCCGGUGUUGAUGGAUUCCAUGCUAUUUUCUUUCAAAAUAAUUGGGACGUAGUUGGAGAAAAAGUUUGCUCUCUAGUCAAACAUUGCCUUAAUAGUGGACAGAUUGUGGAAGCCUUAAAUAGAAUGAGUCUGGUUUUUCUCCCCAAGGUGGAUAACCCUGAGAGAAUUAACCAGUUUAGACCUAUAAGGCUCUUCCAGAAUGGAGAACUUAUUGAACCUUUUCAACCUUCUAGGGGUAUUAGACAGGGGGAUCCACUUUCGUCUUAUCUGUUUGUCAUCUGCAUGGAAAGAUUAGCACAAGAAAUAGCUUUAUCAGUCAACCAAGGAAGGUGGAAACCUAUUAAACUAUCUAGAAAUGGGCCUGACAUCUCUCACCUCUUCUUUGUAGAUGAUCUCAUCCUAUUUGCAGAAGUGAACAACUCUCACAUUAGAAUCAUUCAUAACACAAUCAACAAAUUCUGCAAUAGCUCGGGCCAAAAAGUUAGCCUUCAAAAAUCUAAUAUCUUUUAUUCUAAUAAUGUCAAUGCCCAUACCAGAACCAGUUUAACAAACUUGAUUGGCAUCAAAGAGGUUGAGAACCAUGGAAAUUACCUAGGAGUUCCUCUACUGCACAACAGGAUCAAUAAACGAACAUAUAACAACAUCAUUCAAAGAGUGAAUGACAAACUUACAUUGUGGAAAGCUAAAUCUUUGUCAUUAGCUGGAAGAAUUAUCCUUGCCAAAUCUGUGAUGAGAAGUAAGUACAAAAUGAAAGAAAUUCUACAUGAAGAGCUUGAAAAAAAGGGGAGGACCGCCUUUAUGGAAUCACAUAUGCUCCUUGUGGGCAAAAUUCAAGCAAACAUAUGUUGGAAUAUUGGAAAUGGCAACCAUGUUGAUUUUUGGCAUGAUAAAUGGUUAGAUAAUAAAGGAUCUCUUUCCAGACUCUGCAGUCAACCAUUGGAAAUAGAAAAUGACGAGACUAAAGUCAAGGAGAUGAUCAACCAAAACGGUAACUGGGAUUGGAAUAAACUUACAAUGCUACUGCCGGCCCAAGCCAUUAAUAUGUUGAAAGCCACACCUCAUCCAGUGGAAGAAAACCUUGAAGAUUCCCCGGGAUGGAUUCUCUCGGAGAAAAGGAUUUUCACAGUUAGAUCUACAUACAAGUGGAUAGAUAACAUCAAUAAUGCUAUGGAAGAGAAGAUUUGGAGCAUCAUUGCCAAACAUAACAACAUUCCCAAAGUCAAAACUUUCCUAUGGCUAAUUGGAAGAAAUAGACUUCUGACCCACUCAGAAAGAGCGAGAAGAUAUAUGACGAUGGAUGCAAGUUUCCCUAUGUGCAAUUAUGAAACAGAAGACAUCAAUCACAUACUGAGAUUCUGCCCUAAAACUUUGUUAAUAUGGACAGACCUGAUUGACCCUCAGAAGAUAGACAACUUCCUAAACUGUAAUUUAAAGAAUUGGAUCAUUGAGAACCUUGAAGCAACCCAAUCCCCUUCGCCAAGAGUCGAGAGCUGGCCAAAUUUCUUCAGCUCAGUUGAUGUAAGGCUAAUCAGGCUUCUUCAAUAA